AGAAGAGGAAUAUGAAAUUAACCUCAUAUUUGAUGUCAAGUAUUGAGGUUAAUAAAUGUUUCUUGGUUUAAUUUAAAGUAAAUAAGCACCAAAAGAGAAUAAAUAAAAUUAUGGACUAUGCAGAAGAACAAAAAAAUGAAAUUGAAGCUUUAGAAUCAAUAUAUUACGGAGAUUUCCAAUUGAUGUCAACAGAACCUCAUUAUAAGUUUUCAAUACCUAUAAAAACAGAAGAACAUGAGCCCGAUUCUGAAAAUGGAUUAAGUUGUGAUCUCGUAAUUACAUAUACUUCGAAAUAUCCAGAAGAGUCACCAAUAAUAGAAAUAGAAAAUUCAGAAAAUUUUGAAGAUUACGAAACAAAUUUUCUUAAAUAUUUAGAUGAACAGAUUAAAGAAAAUUUGGGAAUGGUUAUGAUAUUUACUAUAGUUUCAGCAGCACAAGAAUGGCUAAAUGUCAAAUGGGAAGAAACUAAAAAAGAAAAAGAAGAAAGAGCUGCUUUGAAACUAAAGAAAGAGGAAGAAGCUGAAAGGAAAAGAUUUGAAGGCACGAGAGUUACUGUAGAGACAUUCAUGAAGUGGAAGCAACGAUUUGAAGAUGAAAUGGGCAUAACAAAAAAAAGAGAGAUGUUAGAAAAAGAAGGGAAGAAAUUAACGGGGAGAGAAUUAUUUAUGUCGGAUAAUACACUUAAUGAAUCAGACCUUAAGUUCUUAGAUGAAGGUGAUGCUGUAAAAGUAGAUGAAUCGUUAUUUCAAGAUCUCGAUGAUUUGGACCUUGAUGAUGAUGAAGAUGAAGAUUUUAAUCCAGACAAUUGCCAGAGUGACUCGUCAUAAUAUAGUUUAUAUAAUAAACCAAUUAAACGCAGACAAAAAUGAGCCUAAUCUACUUGUAUAUCAGGAAUAAAAAGCAAUCCAAGUAGGUAGUGUUAUACCCUAUAACAGAUUACUCGUAACAAUUAUAGCAACUAAAGAUACAAGCUUUUGCCUUGAUACAGCCGAAAUAGUAUUUGAAUUUUAUUACGUUUUUGUAAACCAAUACCAAAGAUAUCGAGGAUGAGGACUGAACAUUUAU